AUGGCAUUCGCCUCAAUAAACUCUUCUGGUGCGCCCAUUGCCACCAUUGAAGAGGCUUUUGCGACAGAGCCCUCUCUGAAACAGAGGGUGUACGAUGCGAUCGGCACAACACCCCAACAUGCACCACUAUUCGAAGACAUUGCAAGAUACACCUCCACCCUGCUGGCCAGGACUGCCAAGACGACCCUUCCUUCGCGGCCCCCGGUUGAUGAGCCUGCAGCUAAAAAGCGCAAGCUACAAAAUGGAGAGUCAGGAGAGACUGCGCAGGCGUCAGUCGAUCUGAAAGACGCCAACGCACCGGUACAAUUUUACGUCAAAGAUGUUUCGUUCGCCACUCCCCAGAGGAAGAAGCUUACCCUCGAGAUCACUGCUGGGCACAAGUAUCUCCGGGCGAGGAACCAGGCAACAAAAGAGAUCGAAUUUGGCGUUUCGAUGGACAAAAUCAAACAUGCGCUCUGUCUCCCUGUGCCGGAGAAAACGCAGAAACAAUUCAAUUUCUGCAUCAUUCCUGAGUAUGCGGAUGGCAUUACCCCUCCACCAGAGGGAACUUCCACAUCUGAAGCUAUGGUUUUUACGAUAGCCGAUGGACCAGCCAAGGCUGCAUUCUCAGGAGACGGGCAGCAGAUCAGCCAAGCGCCUGGUGAGACAGCCGAUGCGUUACUCUGCAAGGUUUUGAAUGAGAACAUGCCUCGUGCCAAUGUUGUGCGGCCCGACGACAGACAGUUCGUUAGUGCCAUGCCCGAGGCGCACCGAAAAGGCGAGAAAGCAUACCAUGUGAAGGCAUUCCGCGGCAGCAAAGAAGGUUACCUCUUCCUUCUUUCUACCGGUAUUCUGUUUGCCUUCAAGAAACCCCUUCUGUUUUUCUCGUUUGACACUAUUGACUCUGUCUCAUACACAUCCGUUUUGCAGCGGACAUUCAAUCUCAAUGUCAUGGCUCGCCCAUCUGGUGGCUCCGAGGAAGAUAAUCAGGAGUUUGAAUUCUCCAUGAUUGACCAAGCCGAUUUCUCUGGAAUCGACACUUACAUCAAACGACACGGUCUUCAAGAUGCCAGUCUUGCGGAUGCACGCCGGGCUAAGGUCUACAAUGUCAACAAGCCUACCGGAGAAGAGCAAGCGAGUGCCGAGGCUGCAGGUGCAGAUGCAGAUGAGAGUGAGCUUCAAAAGGCUCAGCGAGAGCUUGAAGAUCAAGAGGAUGAAGAGGAAGAGGACUACGAUCCUGGCAGUGAUGAUAGCGAGGGCAGUGGGUCCAGUAGUGAGGACGACUCAGACGACGAAGAUGGAGACGGGGAAGCACAUGAUGAAGACGAAGAGGAAGACGAAGACGAAGAUAUGGAUGGCCAAGACGAGCCCGGUGAAGCUGCAGAUUAA